AUGGAGAUGCUCAUGGUGCGGGCUAUCUACUUGAUUCAAGGUACGACGAUGAGGGGCAUGGACAACGGUACCCAGGAAAAUGUGCUCGAUUUUAUGUCCAGAUGGCACGGCGUUGCCCACGUGGACGCAGUGAAGAUCGAGCUGAUGCAGUAUCUUGCCAUGAUGGUCCAGAAGCUGCCGCGUGAAGUCACGUUGGCAAUGCAGAAGCGGAUUGGUUGGUACGAGUUCUGGGAGGGGACGAAGCAGGUGCACCUACUUUCUUGA